UAUCCGCGCCCCGGAGCAGCGCUCGGUGGUUCUAAUUAAAGCGGCGCUCGGAACCCGGGGGACCCGCCUGACGUCGGCGGCCGCGGGGAUAAGAAGCGCCCGAGGACAGCGGGGCUCGGAGCAGCAGGGUCGGCGCUGUCCCCGUAGGAGCUGUGCGUCCUGUGUCCCUGCGCUGGACAAGUGAAGCUGGAGCUCAUGAAGUAGUGUCGGAACUGGGAGACGGAGGAGCGCGGCAGGCGCGGAACCCACGGCGUGGGCUCAGGUGCCCGAGGGCAACGCGGGAUCCACGGCGUGGGAGCAGGUGCCUGAGGGCAGUGCGGUACCCACAGCUGGCAGGUGCCCUUGCCUCUCAAGUCCAGGGUGGCCCAACUGCUCCGCAGCUCCGGUCCUGAGGCCGGGCUGCACCUGUGGCCUCCUAUUUCUGAGAGAAGUGUCCAAGACCCCGCGCGCGGUUCCCGCGGUGAAAGAAAGUUGUGUGGCGCGGUCUCCGCGCGGACUCCGCGUGCGGGAAACUUGGACUCCGGCUGGUGGGGCGGCGGGUCCCAAGACCCGCGACGCAGGCCACCGGGGCCAUGCGCGUGUCAGGGCGCCCGCUGUUCCUUAUGCUGCUGCUGCUGAGUAUGGUGGGGGACCGGGGACGUGCGCAGCCCCGGGGGCCUGCAGACCGGCAGACCUUGCUGAGGUUGCUAGUUGAGCUGGUUCAGGAGCUGAAGAAAUUCCACACUGGAGACAACAAGAGGCUGCAGCUCCUUGGCGAGUCCGACUUUGCCUUGGGCCGUAGGGAGGCCACGGAUUAUGGGGCAGACCCAGAGGAGCAGAGAGUGGAGAUUGUUCCUCGAGAUCUAAGGAUGAAGGACAAGUUUCUGAAACAUCUCACAGGUCCUCUUUAUUUCAGUCCGAAGUGCAGCAAGCACUUUCACAGACUUUACCACAACACGCGAGACUGCACCAUCCCUGCAUACUAUAAAAGAUGUGCCAGGCUACUUACUCGGCUGGCUGUCAGUCCCAUGUGCAUGGAGAGAUAAGCUGCAAAGGAGCAACACCAGGAACCUUGAAAAGUGCCUUGGAAACCAACAGAGAACAGAACCAUCUUCAUGCCCAUUUCCUGUGGACAGAGAUUUAUUUUUGCAUUCUUCCAUAAUCCCUCUGUAUUUUCUAUGUUGCUGACAGUUUACAAAUAUACAUUCAGCAAAUCAAUGUUUCUGUCAGUGAGACUUGCCACUCUUUAGAUUAUAAGAACUGAGAACACUCCACAUUUGAUGUUUAAUGCUAUAAAAUGAGGUAUUUCUCUUUUAAGAUUAUGUGGAACCAAAUGGAGUAUUUCUUUAAAAACAUAGGCAGAACAUUAAAUUGUAUUUUCAUAGUAUACAGUAUGAUUUGACAUUUUGUACUACUUCUACAAUUAAACUCCCAAAGUACAGUUUGGAACUGCAUGAAAAAUUUUAAUGAAAACCAAAAAAACCUCACUUGUGUUAAAGACAGUGGCAUAUCAACCUGCAGAUAUGUCCAAACCAGUCCCAUUUGUCCUCUGUAAAAGUACAUUCCAGGUAUUGUACAAAAUGUAAAUACUGUGAAUAAGUACAAGGAAAUAAAUGAAGUGUUUGGUAUAAUGAA